GUUUUCGUCUUUUUUACUCAGAAUACGGACGAAAUUUAAAGCGGGUGGUUGUGUAAACGGACGUCGUCAUCUGUCGCCGUUGUUGUUCUCGAAUUAGUGAAUUGUGAAAAAAUAGCAAUUUGCUUGCUUGUGCUGUAUCUCUGAAAUAAAAAGUGAAAAAUAAAUUAUAUUUUUAUACAUAAAAGAAGUAAAAAAAGAGGAAAAAAUGAAUAGAAAAAGUGAUUGAAUUUUUCCCAACAGUUUUGCUGCAAAAGCCCACAACAGAACAGAGAACUUUUAAAGUCUCACAUUUGCAAAGAGAGCCGGCUGCAGCCAGCUAUAGCAGCAGGAUUUCCUGUGCUGCAUCCGACUGACGUCGUAACCUACAUCAAAGAACAUCAAAAAAAUUUAAAAAAUUGCAAAAAAAAAAAAAAAAAAAUCCGCCCACCCAAAAUCCGUGUGUGUUUACAUCACCGUUAAUUUUUAUACGAAUUUGGUUUUCGAGAUCGUGUUUUGUUUGAGUUCCUUUUUUUUAUCUUGAAAAUAAAAAUACAACUUCUUACAUCCAUCCAUCCAUUACAAUUUAUGUUUAUACAUACGUAAAUGUGAAAACAUCAGCAAUAAAAGUGUUACAGAAAAUAAUCUCUAGAGUGCAAUAAAAACAACAACAACAACAGCCAGCAACCCCUUGUAAGGGUUAAAUCAAAAGGAACGAAUUUGUGGUGUAUCAACCAGGUUGUUUUGGAGCAAAGUGGAAUAAUAAAGAUUGUGCAAUACUUUGUUAAGGGAAUAGGAAGUGGAAGAAGCAACGAGUGCAUGUGAAAAAGAGAUCCUUUGAACACACACACACAAACACAUACACGCCCAUCCCAAAAAGAAAAAACAGAAUGUUGGACUUUUGGCUAUAAAAGAAACAACAAAAAACUCCCACACACCCAAAAAAAAAGAAACAAAAUUACAAAAACAACGCAAACAAAAUGGCAUUCAGUUACGCCUGCCUUACACUGCAACGUGUAGUCCUACCAAUUGUUUUGGUAUUAGCUGCACUAUAUCGUCCUGUCGGUAUAUCCUUCGUAUACCUGUUGAUGUUCUUCGUGUCGCCGUUCAUACCGGUGGCCACAAAACAGAACUUUAAGGGUUCUGUCACAGCGUAUUUUAUAAUUCUUCUAGCGUUAAGUACCAUACUCCUACUAUGUCACAUUGGACUGCAAGUUUCGAUAUUUGCCCUGCACAUUGGCGAUAUGUUCGGGACGUGUAGCGUUACCGAACGACUGCUGAGGCACAUUGGAUUUAUAGGCUUUCAAAAUUUGAAAGCCUUUGCCAUUGUCGAAUGGCUGGCCCCAGAAGUGGUGGUCUUCAUCACAUCCCUGGUCGUGUACAUAAUCUCCAAGAAAAUCACCCAAACUGUUGAGCCCCAACUGGAGACUGGAGAUGUGGAGGUGGCGAUACGUGAAAAUGGCGGAGGAGGAGGAGGCAGUGAAAAUCCGAAUGAAGAAAUCUCCAAUGCCCUGGUCGAAGAUGCACAAAGGCAAAAACAUGUUGUGGUGGCGGCGGCAUGCUCAUCAUCUGCUGCGGCAACAGUCGACGAUAACACCAAGCCAAAUUUCGAUGGACUGAUAAAAAUAUCUCCCCUUUUCUGUUUGGCAACCCUUUUCUUUUCGGCCGUCCUGCGACCCAGUGUACCAGGUGGUUUUUAUUUUUUAAUAUUCCUACUGUCGGGUCUCUACUGGGCAACGUUCCAAACAUUGCAAAGGAAAUUUGCCAUGUUAUUACGUUUCGUUAUGGUUGUCAUUGUGGCCCAUACCCUUUGUAUUGUCGCCUAUCAAACGCCAUGGAUGCAGGACCAUUUGGAGAAGACAAGUUUAACAGCCAGAUUAAUUGGCCUUGAACCUCUCAUCACAUCCAAAUGUGCCGAUGACAUCCGAAUCAUUGUCUACAACACGGAAUACAAAGCGGAUUCAUUUUUGAAUCCGAUUGUGUUAUUCUUUACCUAUUAUGCAUUAGCCCUAACCACCAAGAAUCUCAUUAAAAUAAGGGUUACUUUACGCCGUGAUCAACAACGUCCUCAAAAUAUAACUGAACCGACUGAAACAACGCCUUUAAUGCGUGCGGCUACACGUAAACCGGCCAAUGAUACGAACAGUUCAACUGUUGCUAUUGGCGGCGGAGCCAUUGGCCAAACGUCACCCAAUGACAUACCGCUGAGCAGUAUGGAAACAAAUCGUCCCCACAAUCGCGAAGAGGAAUACAAAUCGGGAAUAUUGGAUCAAAUUGCCUAUGGCAUAACCGGCGUUGGUGGUUUUAUCUAUCAAAAUAGUUAUAUAUUCACCAAUGUUCUGAUGAUGGCCUGGUCAAUCAUCUACCACAGUUGGCUGACAUUUGUGCUGCUGCUGUGGGCCAAUGUUCUCUGGAUGAUACCGAAUCAGCGCAAGGCUAUGAUGCGUUCGAGUCUUUUUAUUGUAAUUUAUGCGGAGUUGUUGUUAAUAGCCCAAUAUAUUUAUGGCAUGGAUUUGACAAAUGACGAAUUGCCCUCCAAAAUUAAGAUAACCGGCAUUAAUUUACAACAAAUCGGUUUUGAACGUCCCAAAGACAACGACAUGCAGCCCUGUGUUCCGCUGAUAGUGAAAACCUCAUUCCUGUUGAUGUUCUGGGUGACAAUGCGUCAGUUCUUCAAAGAGAAAACGGACAAACGUCGUGACAGCACCCUGGCAGAUAUGUUUGCACCGUUGCAUUUAUCGGUACGCUCAUCGGCGCUCGAUGACGAUGAUGCUGAUGGUGGGGCCGAUGCCAAGAAAACCUCAAAGUUCCUAAAGAAAAUUGGCACCGUAAUUAAGAAUCUCUUGGUACGCCUAUGGAUUUGGCUCUUGAUUCUGGUCAUUUUCCUGUGCGCCAUGACAGGUGAUAAAAUGACUGGGUUCCGUAUCUGUUAUAUGGCCCUGUUCCUGUUCUUCUUAUUGGUAUUCCAAUCAUCGUCCAAAGCCUGGGUAAAACUGAUGUAUGGUUUCUGGUUGUUCCUAAUCUUCUACGCCAUGUCCAUAUUGAUUCUGAUCUAUACCUAUCAGUUUGAUAAGUUCGAUCAGUAUUGGAAUGAUUAUUUGAAUAUAUCCAAGACUUUACAAACCGACAUUGGUCUGGAACGCUACAAGACCAAAGAUUUACUCCUGCAUUUCAUUUCGCCCACCAUCAUUGUCAUUCUAACCGUGAUCCAGGUUCACUAUUUCCAUAAACGUUUUAUUGCCUCGAUGAAUCAAACACCAGUGGUGGAGAAACCCGGUCCCGAUCAACAGCAACGGCAGCGCACAAAAAGCGGCUCCCGCCCAGCCGAUUAUGAAAUGAAAGAUUUCACCGAAUCUGCCGGAGAGUUGGUGCGUUUGUUUUUGAAACGUUCCCGCCAGAAGGCCGAAAAGUUCCUAAAACAAUUCAAGGGUGUUUUCUGGAGUAUUUUGGAAUUGCAUUGGAUUAAAGUGGUCUAUAUAACGGCAUUUGUGUGCGCCGUCAGUGAGGUCUCCCUACUCCAUGUACCGUUCAUUGUUCUGUGCGUUAUUGGCGUCAUCUCCAAUGUACGCAUGCGCAUAUUUUUCAGUCGUGUCAUCUCGCUGGUUGUCACUCUCAUUGUGCUCUCAAAAAUGAUCUAUCAAAUUGCCUAUUUGGAUCAUACGAAAUAUAAUGCCGAGUGUACAGAAAAUGGCCAAACGAAAAUUGUCGGCAAUAAUGCCGAAUGGUUUGGCCUAUUCAAAGCGAAUUCCGAAACAGGCCUAAUGGGUCUGCUGAAAAAAUACAUUAUUUAUAUGGUCAUAGCAACAUUGCAUGCUGUCAUCUCAUUGCGUCAAUAUCAAAUGCGCCGUCUCAAGGGUACACAAAAUGAUCCCUUGCCUAAAGUACCCUUCCCCGAGGUAACCCGUGAAGAUGCCGAAAAGAAAUUGGAGAGUAUGAUUAAAUAUUUACUCAAUUAUGGUUUUUAUAAAUUCGGUUAUGAGAUUUGUAUGAUUGCCUUGGUCUCGACCAUAACCUAUCGUCAAGAUAUUGUGGCGGUUGCCUAUGCUGUGUGGUUGGUGUUGUUGCUGAUAUUCAAGAGGAAAAAGAUUGCCCAUUUCUGGGGUAUUUUCCAAAUCUUCAUAUUGAUUUCGAUUAUUGUGCAGUAUAUUGUUUUGGUCCAAUUGCCACCCACGAUGUGUACGAAAUACAUUUGGGAAGGCUCCCCCUUCUCGGACUCCAUACAACGCUGGGCUAUGCUACCGGGUCACCUGAAAUACGAUCACACCAAAAAGUUAAUAUUCGAUUUUAUAUUACUGCUCUUGGUGAAUCGCCAGAAACGUGUCUUCUCCAUUGAAAAUAUACCCAACUUCCCGGGCGGCAGCAAUCAAUCCGUGGUCAAGGACAUUGCCAAUUUGGGCAAAGUAGAAUUCGUUAAUCCCACUCAUGAUUUCCUCUCACACAUGCGCAACUAUUUGGAUAUUUUCAAGCAUGCCAUCUUGUGUGGCUUCUAUUGGGUAACUUUAGCUGUGGUGUUUUUGGCUGGUACCAGCAUAGCAGACUUUUUGGCUUUGGGCUAUCUGAUUGGGGCCUUCUUCUUUUUGUGGGAGGGCUCUGAUUUCUAUUUGCGACCAAUUAAAUCGAUAAUUGGUCUAUGGAAAAUCCUAAUAGCCUAUAAUGUAGCCAAUAUUGUGAUAAAGACCUGCUUGCAAAUGGCUGGUUGUAUGUUCAUGGAAACCUUGGUGACGAACUGUUGUUGGCUUGUCCACAUGUUGGGCAUCAAUUGUGCCAGCAAUGGUCCGCCAGCGGUUGAUGUCGACGAUGAUAACGACACUGACUGCCCUGCCACCACAGUACAAGUUGUCCUGCUAUGGGAUUCGAUAUGUUUUGCCUUCCUGAUAUUCCAAUUGAGAAUAUUCAAAUCACAUUAUUUCUGUCACAUCAUCACCGAUACGAGGGCGAAUAAUAUUUUGGCUUCGAGAGGCGCCGAAAUCAUUGAACACUUGCGCCAGAAACAAAUCGAAAAACGCCAGGAAUACGAAGAGGAGGUAUUGCACAAAAUCAAACGUAAAAUGGAAAAGAUCCGUGCCACGCAGCAGAAAAUGCUUAGACCUUUAGAAAAACCCACACAUUUUGAUGAACAUGGAAAUCCAGUUUAUGGCUCACGACCACAUAAAAGGAAAGAAAUUAAAUUGCAUCCUGCCGCUGUCCGAGCUGGUGAUUAUUACAUGUUCGAGGAUAUUGAUGAUAAAUUUGAAUUGGAUUUGAUAACCGAUAGCGAUGGCCUAUUCGAUAAUGACAACGAAAACAUUACCGAGAGUGAAAUUAAGAUGAAUCGCCGUAAGACCCUAUAUGAUGAGAGUCAAAAGCCCAGACCCCAAAAGGAUUCACUGACCGAUACAGCUGGACCCUCUACCAGCAAGGCAGGCGGUGGAGCAGCAGGUGGAGAAACCCCAGCAAAAAUGCCCACAAUGGAGCCUAGGCAAAAAACUGAAGUUGACAGUGGUGAAAUAACUGAAAAGGAUACAGAAGAGGAUUUCGAAGCCAAUCCCAUAAUACGUUUAAUGGAAGGAUUUUUGGUCUCGCUGACCAUCCGUUUGAAUCGUUUCUCACGCAAUUAUCGUUAUGUCAAUAAAAUCCUCGAAGAAGAAAAGAAAGCCUUGAAGGAAUCCAACAACCUGUAUAUGUUUAAUGGUCGUUUUAGCGGCCGCAAUGCUGCUGCCAUAUUCAGUUUAAUGAAACGUAACAUUGCCAGUGAUGAACAUGAAGAUGCUACACGUCCUAUUGCUACUACCCCAACCUCAUCGAAAAGGAAUUCUAACAGUGCACCAUCCACCACCACCACACAACCACACAAUGAAUUUAUGCAAUCACCACCAUCACAAAUACCACCAUCCAUUAACAUAUCAACAUCACAAUUACAACAACAACAAUAUAAUGAUGAUAUCAAUGCCAUCGAGCCAUCAUCAUAUGAUGUCGUUGAUAGCAAAGAGACACUAUCGGAACCGAAUAGUAGCAAUAAGCUUGUACGACCAAAAGGGCGUAAAUCCGAGCCUUUACCCGAAAUACGCAUUAAGGCUCCAUCGUUCGAUCGUAGUCGCCGUGGCUCAGUUGCUCUAAUUACAAAUCAGUGGGCUCAAGAGAAAGUUACCAGCACGGAAUUGGCAUUCGAUGAGGAUGAUUUUACAGCACGCGAUCACAAUAUUAUUGUGGAAGUUUUGAUUUCAGCCUGGUAUGCCAUAUUGUCAAAUACGGAUUUGAUUUGUUACAUUGUGGUGUUCAUUAACCAGAUUGUCAACGCCAGUUUAAUAUCGUUGCCAUUGCCCUUGAUGAUUUUCCUUUGGGGCACUCUGUCGCUGCCACGUCCCACCAAAACAUUUUGGGUCACUCUGAUCGCUUACACCCAGGCCAUUGUACUUAUCAAAUGUAUCUUCCAAUUUAAAUUGAUCUGGACGAAUUACCACUACAAUUUACCCAAUAAUCCAUUGGGUAUUGAGAAGUUGUUUGGUGUUGAAAUGAUUCCGGACUAUGCCACAUAUGAUUUGUUGCUGUUGUUGGUGUUAUUCUUCCAUAGAUUUAUUUUGAAAUCUCAUGGCCUUUGGAAGAUCGAUAACUAUAAGACUGCAAUGUUCCAAAGCGAGGCGGAUGAGGACCGUAACAGUCUCAAUGCCUCCAAUGCUGAUGGUGCUGAAAUGAACUCAACCAGUGAUCGUCGCCGUUCAAUGGGUUCAGAUUACGCCUCUGGAAGUCAUGAAAGUAUAUCGGCCACCAAUGAAUUGGUGAAGCGUGUUGAAAGUUUCCAACGUCACAAGUACCUGUGUGGCCUUUCAAAAUUCUUCCAUAACUUGAUGCAUAAGGCCCGUCUGCCAACCGAUGUCUAUGCCCUGAUGUUCUUGUGUGAUUUUAUUAAUUUCUUUGUCUUGCUCUUUGGAUUUACGGCAUUUAGUUCAAAGUUAUCUGAUGGUGGUGUAAAAACCUAUUUGGCCGAAAACAAAGUCCCAGUGCCAUUCCUCAUCAUGUUGUUGGUCCAGUUCAUAUUGAUUGUAAUCGAUCGUGCCUUGUAUCUACGCAAAGCAUUGGUGUUCAAAAUUGCUUUCCACUUUAUAUCGGUUGUGGGAAUUCAUAUAUGGAUGUUCUUCGUUGUCCCAGCGGUCACAGAGCGUAGUUUCUAUGCCUCGGCUCCGCCGAUAAUAUUCUACAUCAUCAAAUGUUUCUAUUUGCUGUUGUCCAGUUAUCAAAUCAAGUGUGGCUAUCCAACACGUAUUUUGGGCAAUUUCUUGACAAAGAGUUUCUCCAUGAUCAAUAUGAUUUCAUUUAAAAUUUACAUGGUCAUUCCCUUCUUGUAUGAGUUACGUACAAUUCUGGAUUGGCUGUGCACGGACACCACAAUGACGCUCUUCGAUUGGUUGAAAAUGGAAGAUAUUUUCGCCAACAUUUAUUCAAUAAAGUGUCUGAGACAAAUGGAAACCGAUUUCCCUGCUGUUCGAGCCCAAAAGAAAGCGGCCUUUAUGAAAUUGUUGAUGGGUGGUGCUGUGAUAUUGUUUAUUGUAUUCCUUAUUUGGGGUCCCCUCACAUUGUUCGCCCUUUUCAAUGCUGUCGGCCAAUCUAAUGUUCCCACAGAGGUUAAGGUAUCGCUACGCAUUAGUUCAUAUGAGCCCAUCUAUGUUACCAGCACACGUGAAAGUACCUAUGUCUUUAAUGAUGAAAUGUUUUCACAAAUGAAAAAUGCCUACAUAAAGGAGCGAGAAGCUUUAUCAUUCCUACUGAACUAUGAUGCCUCUGAUAUUGCUGCCAUCAAGCUGAGUGGUAAUUCACCAACUAUGUGGAAUAUUGCACCACCGGAUAAGAUGCGUCUAUUGGAUGAAUUGAAUAGCAAUGCAACCUUAACCAUCCGCUUGGCCUAUGAACUGACGCGAACCCCACCCUCCAAGGGCCAGACGGGUACUGUGGGCUCAGAAAUUACCUUCCAAAUGAAUGACACCUAUGCCUAUCGAGAUACCCUAAAGGCCAUGAUAACUGGUGGACCCAAUGAUAAAAACUCUACCAAUAAUGGAACCUUAAUAGAGGCCAUUAUACCAAAUAUUGUGCCGAAAUUUAUUAAGGUUCUAAACUCCGCUGAUCCUAUAUAUGUUUCAGCAUUGCUUGUAAAUACCAAUAAUAACUUCCGCGACUUGGGCAUCAAGGUCCACACAAAUAACUACAGCUUCCAGUGGUGGGAAAUUGCCGAUCAUUGUGAUGACAAUCACAAUAAUGUUGUUGGUUCGGGUGGCAGCAAUAGCCUGGAUGAUGACGAUGAUGAUGGCAUUGAUAAAGCCAAUGAAAUAUUGAAAAAAUUACCCUUGUAUGAUUGUAAUUCGGGUAUAGUUUUCUAUACGUUUAACGAUAAGAAAUUCCCCUCAACGUGGACAUUUAUCACUGCUGGAGGCAUCAUCGGUAUCUACACUACAUUUGUUUUAGUGGUCUCGAGAUUUUUGAAGGGCUUCUUGGGUGGCCAAACUCGUAAAAUUAUGUACGAAGAUUUACCCAAUGUUGAUAGAGUAUUACAAUUGUGCCUUGAUAUUUAUUUGGUAAGAGAAGCCUUAGAAUUUAUGUUGGAAGAAGAUCUAUUUGCCAAACUGCUCUUCCUGUAUCGAUCACCGGAAACCAUGAUCAAAUGGACAAGGCCACGGGAAGAGAUCGCUGACGAUGAAACCGAUACGGAUUCAGUGCGUAGCAGAGCCAGUGGGAGAAGAGAACAUCAACAGCAGCCACAGCAGCAACAACAACAACAAUAAUGAUUGAAUCUGUACACAAAAUAUUUGACUGGAUAUUAAGCUAAAAAAAAUAUUUAUAUUAGAGGUUUAUAAUUUUUGUUAUUACCCCUUUUCCUCACAUGUGGAUUGUUUUUUUUUUACAAGUUUCACUUCAUUUUCUCAAAACAAACCUUAAAUGAAAAUAAGAAGAAAAAACUGCCGACCAUUUGUAAAAACAAAAAAACUUUGUUCUAAGAUCGUUUUAGUUUAAAAAUAGUCAAAUAUUAAAUUGUGUGUUUAUUUUUCACUUCUAUAGAAAAUAUUAAGCUAAAAUACUUUUUUUAUAAAUAUUAAUCCAUUUAGUGUCAAGGUUUGUUUCAUAUUUUCAGGGUGUGGCAAAAAAGUGUACUUGUAUCGUGACGGGAUCCAUAAUGUGGACAUUCCUAAUGAUUAACUAAUUACAGCUUUUUGUGAGGUUAUAAAAAAAUAUUAAAAAAUUAUCUUAAAUAUUUAGAGAUUUGGAAGAUUUUUAUUUUAAUCUCAUUAAUAGAAACCUAGCCUAUAGCCCAUUAAAUCUGAAAAAACGUCCCACAUAACCUUAUUUUUCCCAUAUUUUACCUUUGAAGAUAAAAUAUCGAAACAGAUAAAAUAUGCCAUUUUUAGCUCGAUUUAAUUGAACAGUCGAAUGUUAGAGUUGAAAGCCAGUUGUUUUUGCCAAAAUGUUCAUAUUUGUCAGUCUAAUAUGAUCAUGCAGAAAUUCAUAUCGAUCGAAUGAAGAAAUUUUGCCACAGUCCCCUGUGGAUCUAUUCAUUUUAUAAGUAGUCACUUUUUUUAGUUACACCUGUCACAUUUUGUCUUCUAAUGUUCGAAUGCCAUUAUAUAUUUUUUUGUCUCAUCUAACCUCAAAAAAUACGAACUUUUGUAUUUUUAUUAUAGUUUUUUUUUUUAUACAUUACAUAUAUCGAAUCAUAUAAACCAAAUCGAAAGAAUAUUUGAAAAACAACAACUAAACUAAAACAACACCAUAAUAAUUAUAUAAAUGUAAUAAAAAUGUGAACUCAUAUUCAGGGAUUUUUAAGCAUUUUUUUGAUACAAAAAAAUUAAAUAAAGAAAAAUAAAAUCAUAAAAAAAACCAAAAUAAUAAACAAUAUGUUUAUAUGUGUGUAAAAGUUGCUUGUACAUAUAUAUGUAUUACAAAUAAGUUAAACACAAAACAAAAUGUAUUAUAGUGAGGGAGAAAAAUUUGAAAAAAAAAAUUGAAAUUUCAUAGAAAAAUUUUGUGCAAAUUUUGUGUACUUUCAAAAAUCUAUAUUUUUUCCACUCUUUGAUGUAAACAUUUUUUCCACCAAAUAAUAUUUGUGCCUCUGAUAAAUGUGAUGAUUCCAUUUGAAAAUCCUUAAAAUUAUUGUUUUAGACCCCAUAAGGAUAUUUAUCCCACAUCAUCAUGAAGUUUCGAAAUUGAGAAAGAGUCAACUAUACAACCGAUUUGAUUUGUGUGUUCUCAAUAGGUAGACACGAUCCUUGCAAAAAACUGUACACAUGGAUCGGAGUUUUGGUAUUGACCACAUGUAACGAUGCCGACCUGAUUCAAUGCAACUUGGCUGUUUGACAUUCAGAAAUGUCUUCAAUUUUUAAGUUUGCCUUGUUAAGGUGAAGAUUUUAUGUUUAUUAUUUAUUUGUUUAUUUCUCAUUCGAGGCAAGUCAUUAACCUCAUCUUCCUACAGCAGCACUGAAAAAGGUUUUGACCCACUUACCCACAUAUUCCCACUGAAUUUGAUCCAAUUCAGCGUUUUUAGUUUCACUACGAGUAGAAGACUAUCCCCCAACGAUAUUCGUAUUUUUGAAGGUCUCGGCAUAUUGCGGCAGGGUAUUUUUAAUGCAAUUAAUUUGGAUAUACAUUUUUCCCACGGUGUUGUAGAGCAUGAAAAAAUGGAGGCCGAAUAUAAAGCCUCUUUUCACAUGUCCACACCUAUUAAUGUACGGAUUCAUUGAAAUAUGGUCUCCUACCUUAAGUUCUUCUCUUCAAAAAGUUUUUCCAUGUACGGAAGAUCCCAAAAUAGUUUUUCUAUAUUUGCUAUACCUUCACAUACACUUUAGAAUAUCGCCUUUCUUGUACGUUGAAAAAAACGCAAAAAGUAUCUAUGGAGGAUAAGUAAAAUGGUAUCUAUUGAACAUGUUCAAGUUUUGAGACAGCCCGUGAAGUGUUUUCGAUCUUUAGUGGAUCUCUAGGUUUUCUAUAAGAAGACGUUAGAAAGACCUUCUAUUUAUAUAAGACAUGCCUCUCUAUAGAAAUCAUACAAAAGAUUUGUUUCUAUUCUUUUUUCUCAUAGAAAAUCUGAAAAGUGUAUUCUGUCUGUAUAGACCUUUCCUUUCUACACCUAGAUAUAGAGAGUAUGUAAAACCUUUUCCAUCGAAAGGUCUCAAAACGUGUCAUAAUAUCAUAUUGUUCAAUAUGAAGACCCGUAUGCUUUUCAAGCCGGUAAUAUAAGCAUACAGUCACCUGUUACAUUGAAAAUGUCGAAAAAAUUAUUGCAAAUUUUGAAGAAUAAUUUUCUUGGAAAAUGUCUUCAAAAUUAAAAGCCCG